AUGGUCGAAAAGGCCAUCUCCAAGUCCCUCGACGCGUUGAAGAACCGUGACCGUGAGCUUGCUGCUGAAGUCGUCCGAGAAGACGACAUUAUCGACCAGAUGCGCUUCGCACUCGAAGAGAAGUGCAUCGACCUUAUCGCCACGCAGCCCCUGGCGGGAGACCUACGCAUUCUGGUGACCGUGCUGCACGUCUCGGUCGAACUGGAGCGGAUCGGCGACUAUGCCGAAGGUAUUGCAAAGAUCAGUCUGCUGAUGGGCGACGAGCCUCCGCUCAAGCCAUUGAUAGACAUUCCCAGAAUGGCAGACCGGGCAAUGGAUAUGCUCCGCCGCAGCCUCGACGCCUUCGUCGACCGCGACACCGACGCCAGUCAGCAAAUUUGCGACGACGACGACGAGGUUGACGCGUUAUACGAGCAGGUGUACCGGGAACUCCUGACGUAUAUGCUCUCGGAUCCCGGCGCAAUCAGGAGAGCGACGUACCUACUAUGGGUCGCCCACGACCUCGAGCGCAUCGCCGAUCGUACCACCAACAUCGCGGAGCGGGUCAUCUUCCUGGUAACCGGGCAACUGGUCCAAACGGGUGUGUCCACCUGUUAA